GUUCGCCUAUAUAACUUCUUCUUUGUAAGUAGCUAAACAAACCGAAGUGUUUUGUGUAUAUUUAUCUACAUUGAUUAAAAAGACCAAUGUACGUACGCUUAUAAUCAAGUAAACCAACAGAGGAGUAAUUCUGUGUCCUUGUGCUGUCUUCGGUGGGGUCACUGCUGGGUGACAGACCAGUUCCUGGGGUGAAUUGUUUCCAACUCUCUCAACAAUGACAUCACUGGGAAAUGGUGGAUCCUCUUCGACAGAAUACAUUGUCAGAGUCCCCAAAAACACCAGCAAGAAGUACAGCAUCAUGGCCUUUAACGCGGGGGACAAGGUCAACUGCUCCACUUGGACGCAGGCAAAGAUGGAGCGCGACAUGAGCAACCGCCGCAUGUUCGGGGGGGAGGACGAGGCGGCGGAGGGCGCCGCCGGCAGCGAGUUCGGGAAGAAGCAGAGGGAGGAGGCCCGCCGGAAGAAGUUCGGCAUCAUCACGCGGGAGUUCCGCGUGGAGGACCAGCCCUGGCUGCUGAAGGUCAAUGGGAAGGCGGGGAGAAGGUUCAAGGGGCAGAAGAAGGGCGGUGUGACGGAGAACGCCUCCUACUACAUCUUCACCCAGUGUCCGGACGGGGCGUUCGAGGCUUUUCCGGUCCACGGCUGGUACAACUUCACCCCGCAGGCCAAACACCGGACACUCACUGCGGAGGAGGCGGAGGAGGAGUGGGGCAGGAGGAAUAAAGUGGUCAAUCACUUCAGCAUCAUGCUGCAGCGGCGUCUGCGGGAACAGGAGCGAGGGGAUGAUGACGACGACGAGGUGGAGAAGGGGGGGAAGAAGAAGAAGAAGAAGAAGGGCGGCCGGGGCGGGGACCUGCGCAUACACGACCUGGAAGACGACCUGGAGCUGAGCAGCGACGACAGCGAGGAGAGCGAGGCAGAAGACGGGGAGAGUAAGCCGAAAGCCAAGAAGGAGCAGAAGAAGAAGGGAAAAGGCAAGAAGAAGAAGAGGAAGGGUGGCAGUGACAGCGAGGCCAUGGAGGACAGUGACGACGGGGACUUUGAGGGUCUGGAGGUGGACUACAUGUCUGACGAGAGCAGUUCAGAAGAAGAUGAACAGGAAAAGGUCAAACCCAAUAAAGGGGAGGAUGUUCCCAAAGGGAUCGACGAAGCCUCGGAGAGUGAGGAAGAGAGCGAGGAAGAGAAGCAGAAUGAGGAGGAGGGGAAGGAGGAGGAGGAAGAGGAUGGGAAGAAGACUCCCGUACAGCAGGAGAAGAAGAAGAGGAGAGACAGCAGCGAGGAGUCGGACAGCUCGGAGGACAGCGAUAUCGAGAAAGAGGCCAGCUCCGCGCUCUUCAUGGUGAAAAAACGCACCCCGCCGAAGCGGGGAGGCGGCAGGGGGUCGGGGGGUAGCUCCAGGACGGGCAGCCGUCCCGGGACCCCCUCCAUCGACAGCGCCUCCACCUCCAACACGCUCCGAGCUGCCGCCAGCAAGCUGGAGCUAGGUAAGCGGCAAGCGGUGGCUACCAACGUGGACACGCCCGCGUCCAAGAGGCUGAAGAUGGAGCCCAGUCCACAGAGCCCGUCAGGAAAGACCACCCCCCAGCCCACUUCUGGAAAAUCCACACCCAGCUCCAGUGACGUGCAGCUGACAGAAGAGGCGGUGCGGCGGUACCUCAUAAGGAAGCCCAUGACCACCAAGGACCUGCUGAAGAAGUUCCAAACCAAGAGGACGGGCCUGAGCAGCGAGCAGACGGUCAACGUGCUGGCCCAAAUCCUCAAGAGGCUCAACCCGGAGAGGAAGAGCAUCAACGACAAGAUGCACUUUUACCUGACGGAGUGAGGGCAUGGGGGGGGGGGGGCAGGCUGGCUGAGGAGGACCUUGGUCGGCCAUUUUGUGACCACAAAGGAGGAAGUGACGUCAUGCAUUUGAAACUGAAAGUCAAAGGAAGCGCGCGCGGGCAGUGGGAUUGUGGAGGGCACUGGCUGGGACUGAGGAGAAUUGUGGGAUUGUUAGAAAAUCAUCAGUGGUCGUUUGACCUAGUUGAUGAAGGCCAACGGUGUAACUUGUCAAGACUUUGUCUCUGCAUAAAAACACGGGUCUAAAUUAGAGGGACAGGUCUUUUUUUUUGUUCUUUUUCAGUGUGAAGUAUGAAGUGUUAUUGUAGUGCAUUUUACUUUCUGGUUGUAGAACACCAGCUGUAAUGGAGAGUGUUUAUCUCUUGUGCUUAUUUGUAAUAAAACAUUCCCUCAGUA